UCUACACCUGGUUCACAUUAGCUUGAUUGACUCUCUGUCCUUUAUAGAGGGCCGGAGGUUCAGGUCUGGUGAUCUCUCAAUCCUCACAUCCAGAAAAGUUGACGAUGAUGAUGAUGUGUGCAGCCGUGGGUCUCUGGGUCCUAUCAGCGGUGAUCUGCGUGGCCAGAGGCCACGACAACGACCAGGCCAUCAAAGGCUCUGUAGUGGACUGCAGCGCCAACUCCAUGGUGAACGAAGCAAACGACAGCUUCUCCCUGGUGAACACCGCCAACAACAAGUUUUCCUUCCGACUCUACAGAAAGUUAGCAGCUCAAGCUGACUCACAGGGACAGAAUAUCUUCUUCUCCCCCUUUUGUGUGUCGACCGCCUUGGCUGCGUUGUCUGUGGGAGCGCAGGGGGAGACUCACCAUCAGCUUUUCAGUGGUCUGGGUUUCAACAGCUCCCUCCUGACGCAGACGGAUGUGGACCAGGCCUUCCAGACCUUCCUCCAGAGGGCCAACAACACAUCUCAGGAGGACGCCAGCGAAGGGACUGCAGUGUUUGUGGACGACCACUUCAAGCCAAAACCAAAGUUCCUGCAGACCCUGACUCAGUCAUACUUUGCCGAUGGGUUCAAUGUGGACUUCAGCCAAGCCACAGAAAGUGCUGAUACCAUCAAUAAGUACGUGGAGGAGAAGACCAACGGGAAGAUUGACAAGCUGGUGGAAAACCUGGAUCCAAACACAGUCAUGUAUCUCAUCAGCUACAUCUACUACAAAGGAAAGUGGGCGACUCCGUUUGACCCUAAACUCACCAAGCAGGACGACUUCAACGUGGACGAAAACACCAAGGUUCCAGUCCUCAUGAUGAAUCUGGAGGAUGAUUUCUACACCUAUCACGACGACCAGCUGAACACAACAGUCCUUCAGCUCCCCUUCACCAGCUCCUACUCCAUGCUGCUGAUGUUGCCUGACGUCAUGGCAACGCUGGAGAACGCAAUCUGCCCAAAACUCGUCACCAAAUGGUUGAAGGCUAUGAUGACACCCAGGAGACAUGAAGUAUAUAUUCCAAAGUUCUCCAUCAAGUCUUCCUACAACCUCAACGAUGUGCUGUCAGAAAUGGGAAUGACAGACCUGUUUGGUGAUCAUGCAAAUUUCAGAGGCAUUUCAGAGAAGCAAGGACUGGCAGUCUCAGAUGUUGUUCACCAAGCUACGCUGGACGUGGACGAGACCGGAGCCACCGCUGCAGCUGCCACAGGCAUCGGCAUCGGACUGACUGCCAUCCUGUUCCCUGUCCCGGUGUUGAAGUUCAAUCGUCCAUUCAUGGUCAUCAUCACUGAAAGUAACGCGGAGAAAAUCCUCUUCUUGGGAAAGAUUAUCAUCCCAACCAUCUGAUGGAUCAUCACUUUGUUUGCUCAAGCACAGCUGUUGCAUCUCAUAUAAACAAAUCAGAAAAAAAAUGGUUUGUCUCUUG